AUGGCCGGGUCCACUAAAGCUGGGCAGCCCAGUUUGCUUGCGCGCUUGGCUGCCUUUAAACUGGAGGAUCUCUUCACUCGUAAACGCCCGCCAGGACCGCCAAGAACCGUAUAUGUGAACCAACCGCUGCCUCAGGAAUGCUUGGAUCCCAAGGGCAGGGUGAAGCGCGAUCACGUUUAUACUACCAACCAGGUCAUCACCUCCAAGUAUACUCUCAUAACCUUUAUUCCUCGAAAUCUGUUCGAGCAGUUCAGGCGUGUAGCGAACAUUUUCUUUCUAGGUAUUGCAGUCCUUCAAUUCUUCCCAAAGUUUUCAACACUAUCAGCUGGAGUUGUCAUCCUACCGUUGGUCAUUAUUGUAACUGUGACUGCAUUGAAGGAUGGAUACGAAGACUUCAAGCGGCAUCAAUCCGAUAGAAGGGUGAAUUAUAGCAAGGUUUUUGUUCUGUCGGGUGGGAACUGGACGAAUCCAAACAGGACUGAAGAUAAAAGCAAAACGUUUAUCAGGGGUAUACUUCCAAUGCGCUCAAGACCUAUAACGACAGGAGUCAAAUCUGCCGAAUACGAUUAUGAACACUCUGACGAAGUAGAUUUACCUUAUUGGAAAGAAACCUUGUGGGAAGACGUCCGAGUCGGCGACUUUGUGAAGAUUAUGGAUCACGAAGCCUUCCCGGCAGAUAUACUGAUAUGUUCUACUUCCGAAGACGAAAGUGUUGCAUUCGUCGAGACAAAAAAUCUAGAUGGAGAGACCAACCUCAAGUCGCGUCGAGGCGUCCCUGCUCUCAAUCAUCUUAACAACGCUAGAGCUUGCGCCGAUGGUCGUAAUUCAUUUCGAAUUCAGUGCGAGCGCCCAGACACUGACAUGUAUAGGCUCAACGGCAAUGUUACAAUAGGAAACGAUACUUCGCCUGUUGACUUGUCAACGACACUCCUUCGUGGAACUGUUUUGAAGAACACGGCUUGGGCAAUUGGUGUUGUUCUUUUCACUGGUCUUGACUCCAAAAUUGUCAUGAAUUCAGGUGGAACUCCUAGUAAACGAAGCAAGGUUGAAAGGCAGAUGAAUCCACAAGUUAUUGUCAAUCUCAUCAUCUUGGCUGCCAUGGCUGUAGUUUGCGCAAUCGCUGACUCUCUCUUGGAAGUUAAAUUCUACCCGUUAGGUGCACCAUGGCUUUUCGAGGAUAACAGGAGUGAUGAUAAUCCAAGGAUCAAUGGUUUAAUUACUUGGGCGUUCGCUCUUUUGACUUUCCAAGACAUUGUUCCCAUCUCGCUAUACAUAUCCAUUGAAGUUGUCCGCACUUGUCAAGCUGCCUUUAUUUACUUCGAUUCGGAUAUAUGUUAUCAAAAAACCGGACAAGCAACUCAAGCGCGAAGUUGGAAUCUCUCUGACGACCUUGGCCAGAUACAGUAUAUAUUCUCGGACAAAACGGGCACUCUGACGCAGAAUUCCAUGGUAUUUCGGAUGUGCUCGAUAGCAGGCAAGGCUUAUAGAGGUGACAGCGAUGCAUUGGCCGAGGACGAGAUGGAAGAUAAACCUUCAUCUAUAGUCAAUGAACCGACAAAAGAAACUGUUGAAGUUGACCUUUGGGCGGCAAGCGCACAGCCAAGCACAAGUUCUCACAGCGUCAACGCCUCCUUGAGUAAAAAGAAUUCUUUAAUGGCCAACAACGACGAAACAUUCAAAGAUUCAGUUCUGUCCAGCGACAUAGAAGCUGCUUCUAGGCCAAAUGCCAACCAUGAUUCAUCCUCAGAUGCUUCCAUUAUCAAUGCGUUCUUCACUGUCCUCUCGCUGUGUCACACAGUUAUUGCGGCCAACAACCCAGAGACUGGUACAAUAGAGUAUAAGGCCCAAUCACCGGACGAAUCUGCUCUUGUCCAGGCGGCUGCAGACAUGGGUUUCGUUUUUCUCGGCAAAGACAAGGAGGUUUUAUCUUUGAGGACGCCAAGAUCCGCGGAGGUGGAGAAGUAUGAACUUUUGGAGAUAUUGGAAUUUACCAGCGCUCGUAAACGCAUGAGUGUUGUUCUUCGGAGGUUGGACGUUGAAGGAAGUGAGUUGCUGCUACUCACAAAAGGGGCCGAUAAUGUCGUCUUCGAACGUUUGCGACCAGGUGAAGACGAAAUGAAGGAAGAGACGGAGAGUCAUUUGAGUGAAUUUGCUUCAACGGGAUUGCGAACAUUGACUCUUGCCUACAAAACCAUCCCAGAGGAUGAAUACAACGCUUGGAGACUUCGGUAUCAAGACGCAUUGAAUGCUCUUGAUAACCGUGAAGAACGCGUUGAAUCCGUCGCCAAUGAACUAGAACAAAGCUUGCAUCUUUUAGGAGCCACUGCGAUUGAAGAUCGUUUGCAGGACGGUGUACCAGAGACGAUUGCCGACCUUAAGAAGGCGGGUAUCAAAAUUUGGGUGGCUACAGGAGACAAACUUGAAACGGCCGUCGCCAUCGGACGAAGCACUAAUUUGAUCAGCCAUGAUUCAAACAUCAUCAUUGUUCGAGGAGGAAGUUCUCGACCGGUACAGACUCAAAUGCUUAAUGCCCUUGCGCAAUUCUUCCCAGAACAGGAUUACGAAACUUUGCAACAAACAAAAAAUGAGGAGACAUUGCCCGAGAUACCCCUUCGAAGGAUAAACACCGGUGUUAGUUCCAUUGUUGGUCCAGAGAACGGAGAUCGUCCAGGCGGCUUCAUCCUCGUUGUUGAUGGAGCUGCAUUGCUCGAGUAUCUUUGGAAGGCGUUUGCCGAUGAUGUAAACAAAGGCAUCCUACUCAAAUUGUCAAUUCUAUGCGAUGGUGUAAUUUGUUGUCGUGUGUCCCCGCUUCAAAAGGCAUUAGUGGUAAAGCUCGUCAAAGAUGGCUUGGGUGCGAUGACAUUGGCCAUCGGAGAUGGUGCCAACGACGUUAGUAUGAUUCAAGCCGCAGAUGUUGGUGUGGGUAUCUCUGGAGAAGAAGGUUUGCAGGCUGUCAACUCCUCCGAUUAUGCCAUUGCACAGUUCCGCUUUCUGAAGAAACUUCUCCUCGUCCAUGGACAUUGGUCCUAUGCUCGCAAUGGUGUCAUGAUCCUCAACUUUUUCUACAAAAACAUUGUUCCUACAGGCAUCCUCUUCUGGUUCCAGAUAUAUGAUGGAUGGAGCGCAAACUAUGUCUUCGAUUACACAUACAUUUUGUUCUGGAACUCGUUAUGGACAAUUGCACCUGUCGUUGGCAUUGGCAUUUUCGAUCGAUUCCUUGACUCCCGUAUCCUGAUGGAAGUUCCAGAACUGUAUCGAUAUGGUCGCGAAGGCACUUGGUUCAACUUACGGUCCUUCUUGAUCCAUGUAUUAGACGGAAUUGUUCAGUCAGCAAUAAUCUACUUCAUUACCCUUUACGCAUACACGUCAACUUCAUCAAGAAAGGAUGGAUACGAUGUGUAUCUUCAUGAAUUUUCGACGACCAUGGCUCUCUCAGGAGUUCUCGUCGCCAACAUCUUCACUGGAUUCAGUGGUACCGCAUGGACAUGGUGGCUUGUUUUUGCUAUCUUCAUUGGCAUCAUCAUACAAUGGGCAUUCACGAUUAUAUAUUCUCUUGUUUCUCCUGGUUAUGCCGUCACCAUGCUAUACGGCAAUUAUUUCUAUCUCUUCACCUCUGCUUACUUCUAUCUGGCAAUUCUUGUGACAUUCACUCUCGCCCUUACUCCUCGUUUCAUGUACAAAUUCUGGAGAUCUAGUUUUCAACCUGGAGACCUCGAAACCUUUCAAUACCUGCAAAAGCUAUACCCACAUCGUGACUUUUCUUCGUUUUCUCGUUCCAAUCAACCGCCUUCCGAUCUUUCUGCUCUUCAGCGCAGACCAUCGAGGAUGUCGCGACGCAAUUCUCGUGCCAGCAGCGUCGACACUUUGGAACGCAGGUUCCCUCGUCCCUCUAUGGAUAUCCGGUCUGCCAGUAGGACAGAUAUGUCUACAGGCCUCACCUCUGUCGAUCGUGGUUUCGACUUUGCCACAGAAGAGAACGGGGUGGAAAUGCGGCGUGUUCAGACCAACCUAUCCGAACGGCGAAUGUCGAAGCAAAACAUCCUCCCGCGACGGUCUUCGUCGAACAAAGGGAAGGAAUCUGUAUCAAAUGUGCUUUCUUUGUCGAAGAGUAUCUUGAGAAGAAAGGGUGCUUCGCAACACAGAUCCUCUGAAUAG